GAAAAAUGUAGUGAACAAUUUGAGAGUAAACUUUGAAGGAAGACAGUUUCCCCCUAAUGCAUCGUCGAUAUACUUGAUUGAAGGCACUGAUGUAAAUUUGCAAAAAUGGAUGCUGCAAAUAAAGUUUCAAACAGCAACGGGUUAUUGCCAUGCAUCGGAAUAGCAACGUUUAACGCGUUUACAAAAAACUCGGUCGGUUUUGUUCGCAACCAACUGAAAAUUCCAGAACUGAAGCCCCAAAGUCAGAUCCGAUUGACAGGCGGCGAGCUCCAAGGCUCGGAACCAUCCACACCUGGGUCGGACGGCGAGGAAAUAGAUGAUGUUUUCACGUCCACCACCGACACAGCCCUGAAUAUGUACACACGAGAGAUUAUUAACACUUUCUUGAAAGAUUUUACCGCACUCUCUCAUGCUAAGGUUGGGAAAAAUCAGGUUUUGUCAACGAUGAAGCGAGUUGUUGCAAGUCUCGUUGUAAAGCACGAAAUCGCUUAUACAGGUAUGAUCACGCGUCUGAAUCUGGAGGAGAAGGGGGAUGAUGUAAGCUUCGUCAAGAAUGUUGCCAAGGAGCUCUUCAGCGACGGCAUCACUAACUGGGGUCGUAUUGCCAGCUUGCUGGCCUUCGGAGCAUUGGUGUGCAAGUACCAAAAUGACCGAGGACGGAGCCAGUGUGUGAGUCUGGUGGGGGAAGAGAUCUCUUCCUAUCUUCUCUCAGCCCAACGGGACUGGCUGCUAAAAAACAAAGCAUGGGAUGGCUUUGUGGAAUUUUUUCAUGUCCCGGAUACAGAGGCAACUGUGAGAAACACUCUGAUGGCCAUUGGUAGUGUGGCUACUGUUGGAGCUGCACUUGUCUAUUGGAUACGGUGAAUCUAUUUGGAUUUUUUUGACAAAUGUUGAAAACUGAAAAGGAUUCAGGACUACAAACUAACAGAUUUCUAUGGAUGGCACCUGUAUAUAAAAUCUGGUCAAAAAUGAUUUUAUUAUUACAUCAAAAGUAUUUUUUUAUGAAAAAUUAAAAAUCAUUUUCAGCUGUGCAGUCCUUGAAUUGCUGACAUGCCAGAAGGCUUGCUUUCAGUGCCAGUUGUUUUUUUUUUUUUUCCUCUUUCCUUUAGUGUUUACACAGGAAUUACAUGUGAAAUUUUCUAUUCUAUUCUAGAGAUCUAUGUGUUCUGCCCACUUCUGGCUGCGCUCUGCAUACAAGCAAGAGUUCACAAUUUUUUUUUCUUUUAGCUGAAUUAAUGCUAAGAUUAAGAAAGACUAUCAUACAUUACAACUCUUAAGGGUCUUGUGGCAAGAACUAGCCAUAGGAAAAGACUGUGGGGGAAGAAAAAAAAAAAAAAAAAACUUUUCCUGAUGUCACUUCCUUAUUCUAGAAUGGAAUCUUUGUUCUGUCAUUUAAUAGUAAUCUACACAUAAUAUCUUUCAUUUAGACCUGAGGUGCUUUUAUCAACAUCUCCUGGCUUUAUCUGAUAAUUUAGUCUUAAAAGGCUUGUAAUCUGAAUGUGGUGAUUUUUGUUUUGAGUCCUUCAAGCUUUUCUGUCAAAAAAAAAAAAAAAAGUAAUGUGGGACAAUUAUGGCAACUGAGAACCACGCAAGGCUGCUAAACUUUUUAUUUAGCAGGGAUUUGACAUUCUGGAUGCACUUUUUUUUUUUUUGCAUUUAAAAUGCUACUAUACAUCACUAUACCUCUGAAUAUUCUGUUCACUGCAUAAUGCACAUUAAACUUAAGCAGCUGAUACCUGUA